GGCCAUCCAACCAACACCCACGAGCACGGGCAUAUCCAGCUAAAAGCGCCACCGAUUCCACAAUCUCCCAAACUCGCGAGUCGAGGCUCCAACCCCUGCACAGGAGGAGGACGCGCCCACCAUGGCCAUGGCGACGGCGCUCCGCAAGCUCUCCGCCAACGCGCUCCGCCGCCAGCCGCUCUCCCGCAUCACGCCGCUCUACUACUUGGCGUCCCUGCCGGCGACGGAGGAGAGAUCCGGUGUUACCUGGACAAAGCAGUUGAACGCGCCGCUUGAGGAGGUCGACCCCGAGAUUGCUGACAUCAUCGAGCACGAGAAGGCCCGCCAAUGGAAGGGGCUGGAGCUCAUCCCGUCGGAGAAUUUCACGUCGGUGUCAGUGAUGCAGGCGGUGGGUUCCGUCAUGACCAACAAGUACAGUGAGGGGUACCCCGGCGCAAGAUACUACGGUGGGAAUGAAUUCAUUGAUAUGGCCGAAUCCUUGUGUCAGAAACGUGCUUUGGAGGCUUUCCGCUUGGACCCAGCGAAGUGGGGAGUGAAUGUGCAACCUCUGUCGGGUUCACCUGCCAACUUCCAUGUGUACACCGCGCUAUUGAAGCCACAUGAAAGGAUCAUGUCUUUGGAUCUUCCACACGGUGGACAUCUUUCUCAUGGUUACCAGACUGACACUAAGAAGAUUUCGGCAACUUCGAUAUUCUUUGAGACGAUGCCCUACAGAUUGGAUGAAAGCACUGGCUUAAUUGAUUACGAUCAGUUGGAGAAAAGCGCUGUUCUUUUCAGGCCAAAGUUGAUCAUAGCUGGUGCAAGUGCAUAUGCUCGCCUAUAUGAUUAUGACCGUAUGCGGAAGAUAUGCAACAAGCAGAAAGCAAUACUUCUAGCAGACAUGGCACAUAUCAGUGGGCUUGUCGCAGCUGGCGUCAUUCCAUCUCCUUUUGAUUAUGCAGAUGUAGUGACUACCACUACUCACAAGUCACUUCGUGGGCCACGUGGAGCCAUGAUCUUUUACAGGAAGGGAGUGAAAGAAAUAAAUAAGCAAGGAAAAGAGGUAAUGUAUGAUUUUGAGGACAAGAUCAACGCUGCCGUCUUUCCAGGUCUGCAAGGUGGGCCUCAUAACCAUACCAUUACUGGCUUAGCAGUUGCGCUUAAGCAGGCAACUACUCCAGAGUACCGAGCUUAUCAAGAGCAAGUUAUCAGUAACAGUGCUAAAUUUGCACAGAGCUUGGCAGCAAAAGGAUACGAGCUUGUCUCUGGUGGAACUGAUAACCAUUUGGUCCUUGUUAACCUCAAGAAUAAGGGGAUAGAUGGUUCAAGGGUGGAGAAGGUUUUAGAAAGUGUGCAUAUUGCUGCAAACAAGAACACUGUUCCUGGCGAUGUUUCAGCUAUGGUACCAGGAGGCAUCAGGAUGGGAACCCCAGCUCUUACGUCCAGAGGAUUUGUGGAGGAAGAUUUCGCUAAGGUUGCUGACUUCUUUGAUGCAGCAGUGAACUUGGCUGUGAAGAUUAAGGCUGCAACGACAGGUGGAACGAAGCUGAAGGACUUUGUUGCCACCUUGCAAUCUGAUAGUAAAAUCCAAGCUGAGAUUGCAAAGCUUCGCCAUGACGUGGAGGAAUAUGCAAAACAGUUCCCAACAAUUGGAUUUGAGAAAGAGACCAUGAAAUACAAGAACUAAGAUCUGAGUGAUAAGCAGCAAGCAAAGAUGCCAAGACAAUUAUUGGGAGUUCAGAUGGGCAUGAUCAUGCAAACAUAAACCCAUGGCGAAACUGAAAUGGCAUCUUAUGUUAAGAGAGAUAUUGGCAAUUUACAGCAUAUGCAACUUCUGUCAAUAGCCCAUAUUGUAAACACCUACUGCAAGAUCUUAUAAUGAAUAAUAGCCCAUGUUAAGCAGCACUCUUCUUGGACAGUUGCAUUUUCAGUAUGCUCUCUGAAUAACGUGUGCUUGCGGUGU